AGCUCUCUCUCUCUCUCUCUCUCUCUCUCUCUCUCCUCCUCCUCCUCCUUUUCUCCUUUUGCUUGAUCAGCAAGGCGAACAGCCGGGAUGUCCAGCGAGUCGGAGGAAUCCGUACGACGUCGUACAGCGCUCACGGAGCACCGUAAAAAGCUCCUCUCCCAUAAGGAGCUCGAAUCCAGAGUCCGAGCAGGGAGAGAGAACUUGCGGGCUGCAAAAAAGGAAUUCAAUAAAACUGAAGACGAUCUCAAGUCCCUUCAGAGCGUUGGCCAGAUCAUAGGCGAAGUUCUCAGGCCUCUUGACAAUGAACGAUUGAUAGUUAAAGCAAGCAGUGGACCAAGGUAUGUGGUUGGCUGUCGUAGCAAGGUAGACAAGGAAAAACUAACUUCAGGAACUCGAGUGGUGCUUGAUAUGACUACUCUGACAAUCAUGCGGGCUCUUCCUCGUGAAGUUGAUCCCGUUGUAUAUAAUAUGCUUCAUGAAGACCCGGGCAAUAUUAGCUACUCUGCAGUGGGAGGGCUGUCAGAUCAAAUUCGAGAACUCAGGGAAUCUAUAGAGCUGCCUCUAAUGAAUCCUGAGCUCUUUAUUAGGGUGGGAAUCAAACCUCCCAAGGGUGUUCUUCUCUAUGGACCUCCUGGUACGGGAAAGACAUUAUUAGCCAGAGCAAUUGCAAGCAACAUAGAUGCCAAUUUUUUGAAGGUAGUAUCAAGCGCAAUAAUUGAUAAAUAUAUAGGUGAAAGUGCAAGAUUGAUACGGGAAAUGUUUGGUUAUGCACGUGAUCACCAACCGUGCAUCAUAUUUAUGGAUGAGAUCGAUGCCAUUGGUGGACGUCGCUUUAGCGAGGGAACCAGUGCAGACCGUGAAAUCCAGAGGACCCUCAUGGAGUUGCUUAACCAGCUGGAUGGUUUUGACCAGCUUGGGAAGGUUAAAAUGAUUAUGGCUACAAACAGACCAGAUGUUCUGGACCCUGCACUUCUCCGUCCGGGGCGACUAGACCGGAAAAUUGAAAUUCCAUUGCCUAAUGAACAAUCCAGAAUGGAAAUCCUAAAAAUCCAUGCUGCUGGAAUUGCCAAACAUGGUGACAUUGACUAUGAAGCAGUUGUAAAGCUUGCUGAGGGGUUCAAUGGUGCUGAUCUUCGUAAUGUUUGCACUGAAGCUGGGAUGUCUGCAAUCCGUGCAGAGCGUGAUUAUGUCAUCCACGAAGAUUUUAUGAAGGCUGUCCGGAAACUAAAUGAAGCAAAGAAACUUGAAUCAAGCGCUCACUACAAUACUGAUUUUGGGAAGGAAUGAAACCCAGUUUAUCGUGCUCCUUUUAUUUCAAUCUUGUGCUUAGUUUCAUUGAAUUUGAAAUCUCCCAUCAAAGUCCCAUUCAUGGAAAUUUGAGAACCUACAAUUUAAAUUAUACUUGUCCACAAAAUGUGGGAUCUGCUUUUCCAUCCUCAAUUAUUUCAGGAUUUGCAUUAGCACAAAUUUCACUUUCUGUAGGUUAGAGAUCAACAAUUUUGUUGGUUAGAUUGUUAUUGAACUUAUUUUAUUUGCAAGCAAUAUGGGUCGCAAAUGUUAGUAAGCCCUUAUCCUA